CCAGGAGGCUGAAAGGAUGUCAGUCGAGGGUGGAGACAGGGAUUCCGGGAAACCGUGUGGUAAAGCUCUUCGCGCGCCCGCACACGCACACAAGUAGCGAUAGGUAUAGAGCAGCGAGACGUCUGCCUGUUUUCUUUCGGAAUGGAUUCCACCCGCUUUACGCUUUGGCUACACUGUAGAUAAACUUUUUUCUCUGCCAGUUAAUAUUCCUAGCAGGGAAAAAUGAGAUCUAGCGCCGGCCGUGCGCGCGCGUGUGUUUGAGGCCACAGAGGCUGGGAACUGGGGAGACGCGGCCUUCGCUAUCUAGGCGAAUGUUGGUUCGAAGGAUUGACGGGGGCGCAGGCGGGCACGAGGAGGACUCUGGCAAGCUUUGCGGGAGGUGCAGUCAGGGGGUAAUGCAGCUAGUCCCUCCCACCGCCGACGUCCCGCCCGCCCCGUUGGGGAGGGGGUGCUGUGUCCCUGGACGGGCUCGGGUUGCACUAAGGGGCGGGCCGGGAGGCGGCUGCACAAAGGCCGAGGCACGCCAAGACGAUUAUCAGUCCCAGCUUCAGCAAGCACCUUUAGGCUCAGGCGGGAUCCUCCGGCGCUGGGGCAGAUUGGAUGCCCACUUUCCCCGCUACCUCUCCUUCGCUUCGCUCCCUUUCUUCGGCUCUGCUCCCUCUCUAACUUUAGCGACCAGCUUAUGCCCCAGCCGCGGUCACUUGAGUUUAGCGAUGCCCUUUCCGUUGCUACUGCUCAGCGUAGCUCUGCUGCUAACUCUGGUGCCCAUCCCAGGGCUGGCAGGGCCAGUCACCACUUGCGAUGCCAACGGGAGCCUGUACUACGUCGGGGAGUGGUAUUUCCUAGACACUGACCACUGUACCCAGUGUGAAUGCACGGCCGAAGGACCAGCCUGUGCUCGCACUGACUGCAGCGCUCUGCCACCUGCCUGCAUUCACGUCAGCCACUACCCCAGCGAUUGCUGUCCACGCUGCGAACGUGUUGGCUGUGAGCAUCGCGGACAAGUUUAUGAACUGGGACAGAAUUUCCAGCCCUCAGAGUGUGAGCAGUGUACCUGUGACCUAGAUGGCAUUGCCCGCUGCCUAGUGGCAGACUGCGCCCCUCCACCCUGCGUUAAUCCCAUCUACGAGAAGGGCCACUGCUGCCCCACCUGCACAGAUGGGCCCAACUGCUAUGUGGACGGGAGCCAGCAACAUGUCAUUCCUGCUGGGGAGAGCAUAUGGGUGGGGCCCUGCACCCAUUGUCGCUGUCAUGAUGGCCAGGAUGCCGGCUACUGGGAAGGAAACCGUUUAGCCAAAUGUGAGCGGCUACGGGGAUGCUGAGCUACAGCUGCGCAUCAUGCUUGAGCUUCUUCAAAUACCAAACAAUCCCUUAACCAGCUACCCUUCAACCCCUGUAAGGCCUCUAAUUAUACAAACAAGCUUCAAUGUUCAGCCCAGACCCAACGGGUUGUCUUCAGUGUAGAGCUAAGGUGAACAUCCCAUCAGCACAAGGAUUUUUCCUUGUGCAAUGGAACAUUCUCCCCCUCUCCUUCUCCUGCAAGCCCCCUGUAUCUGUUCUGGGGUUUCUCCCAACCCUCUGGAGCAUAUUUGGGGACAAUGCGGGGCAUGCAAUGGGGUGGGGGAGGCAAUCAUGUUGUGGUAGCGCUAGUUCUUGUACUAGCCCAUAGUUGAAUAUUGCCCAAUAUGUCCUGCCAUAUACAACAGCAAUUGCCAAUUCUAGCCACUUAUCCAGAUCUGCUCCCUUUCUUCUUCAAUAUCUUGAGUUGCUAUGCAUAGGAGUAGCUCAUAGGACAAGUGUAUUGCCAAGCCCCUCCAGACAGCAGUCCUUCGUUUUCCUUUUAUUUAGGACAGGGGUAGGGAACCUGUGGCUGGCCUCCAGCUCCCAUCAGCCUCAACCAGUAUGGCUAAUGGCCAGAAAUGAUGUAAUCUAGCCACAUCCAGAGGGCCAGGGGUUUCCCAUCUGAUUUACAGGAUAACCCUCAAUAACAACACCCCCAUAUUUUCCAUUAGUUCCACUGCAGCUGUCACCAAACAUAGUGUGUUUUGCAGAUCCCCCACUCUUCUAUUGGACAGUUUCAUGUGUGUGUAGUCCUAGAACAUGCAUCAAUAAAGGAUCCUUGUAGAA